AUGGAGGGAAACCCAACAAGUGGCUCAGGUGUGAGUAAAAUGAAAGAUGAGCCCGGUUCGGCGAUGUCAGUAGAGAAUGACAGGAACCAUCAAUCCGGCCGGGACGCGAACUGCGGGACCGACGUCGCUCGAGCUCGCUGGACUCUCCUCAGACAGGUGCUGAAGCAGAAGUCAUUGGACAGCGAGGAGGUCCAGCGGGUGUCCGUCCGCAGGUUCUCGUCCUUCAACCUGUUCUCCAGGUCCAGACUCACCACCUUGGAGCCUGAAGACCCUGCUGACGGGGACUGGGUCGAGUACAGAAGUGCCUCUUUCCCACAGUUCAGUGCCUUACUCAGAGAUAACCUCGGACCAAUCAGAGUGGAUGAGGUCCUCAACAGUUUCGACAACACCGGGAAUGUCUGUGUUUGGCCCUCAGAGGAGGUGAUGGCGCACUACUGCCUGAAGAGGCGCAACAUCUUCAGGGGUGCCACGGUGUGUGAGCUGGGCGGGGGGAUGACGUGUCUUGCCGGGCUUAUGAUCGCUAUUUCUGCUGAUGUGAAGGAAGUCCUGCUAUCAGAUGGGAACCCCAAGGCCAUUCAGAACGUGCGUGCCGUCAUCGAGCGGAACCGGCGAGCCGGCCACUUCGGCACCGCCUCCGUGUCCAGCAGCGUUGUGAGAUGGGACGACGAGGCGGAUGUCACCGCUCUGGAAGGACACUUCGACAUUGUGAUGUGCGCCGACUGCCUGUUCCUGGACCGUUACAGGGCUGGCCUGGUUGAUGCAAUAAGGAGAUUACUGCGGCCCGACGGGACGGGCCUGGUGUUCGCCCCGCUCCGCGGGGACACGCUGGCUGAGUUCUGUCAGCUGGCCGAGGGGGCCGGCUUCUCCGUCUGCAGAUACCAGAAUUACGACGAGCACAUUUGGAACCUUCAUUUAAAGCUGCAGCGUGACCAUAUUUAGAUUUUGUUCACAUGCAUUAAUAAAUAUUGAUCUGACCUGUUAUUACAGUUGCUUGGUUACACUCUGUAAUCAAUCUGCACAUUAUGAUUUUUCUGAGCCUCUCUGCUUUGCAUAGAUGAAUGUAAUAUUUCACCCUCCCACCAUUGCACUGGCUCUUCUCACUGAGCUGAUUGGCUGGGAGAGGGCGGGGCACCAUGGCGAUGCGUGGCGAGCCAAUCGGGUCAGCCCUGUGUCUCCUGCCUGUCAGACCCUUGCCAUACAUACCUUUAUGGUAUUUUUACUACCAUCUAUCACUGUUCUACCUGGGGGUCAUUUCUCUCAUCAUAUGAUUAUGUUGGUGGCUUUUUAAAAUAAUGUAACAUAUUUGUCACAAGUGUCACAACCAGGAUCUUUAUUUUCAGUCAGUUCCUGAAACAGAAAUCCAAAGGUUAACUAUAAAUUUUACUUAAGACCAAACAUAAUAUAUGAAACAAUCCCUUGGCUGUCAUUUUUACUAUAUUUUACUUGUUUAUUGGCUUUUUAAUGAACAUUUGUCUUGUCAAGAACUGAUUUAAAAAGGACAAUAAUUCCUGAAUGGCCUCUACAGAAGGACUCUACUGGUCUGGAUCACCUUAACUGGGGAUGCAGUAUCUGUGUCACUGUCGCAGUCAUAAAGUAACAGACAUUUGCUCAAAGAACAUAGAACCUGCAGGGUUGCCUGUCAUUAACUGUGCUGAAAUGAGCCUUGCUUAAAUUAGAGGGGUUUUACAAAACUGUUUUACAUUGCACUCUUUCUUUUCUGGGGUGUUUUAUGUACGGUACAAACAUACAGCUCUGCAAGAUAGAUACUUCUGGAAAAAUUAAAGAUAAAUUAAAAGGGAAAGGCACUUAGCAUGCUGGUAAAAUUGCAACCAUCUGAUGGUGUGCAACUGACAGAAUUAAGUUUUAGGUAUUCAUUAGAGUUUCCUUUAGCUUAGCAUGUUUUUCUGUCACCUGUGUAGCAUUUGUUAGCUUGGGAUAUGUUUAUGUCAUAGUGUAGCAUUUGUUAGCUUAGGAUGUGUUUAUGUCACUGUGUAGCAUUUGUUAGCUUAGCAUGUGUUUAUGUCACUGUGUAGCAUUUGUUAGCUUAGCAUGUGUUUAUGCCACUGUGUAGCAUUCGUUAGCUUAGCACAUGUUUUGUCACUAUGUAGCAUUUGUUAGCUUAGCACAUGUUUAUGCCACUGUGUAGCAUUCGUUAGCUUAGCACAUGUUUAUGUCACUAUGUAGCAUUUGUUAGCUUAGCACAUGUUUAUGUUACUGUGUAGCGCUUGUUAGCUUAGCGUGUGGUUAUGUUACUGUGUAGCGCUUGUUAGCUUAGCACAUAUUUAUGCCACUGUGUAGCAUUUGUUAGCUUAGGAUGUGUUAAUGUCACUGUGUGUCCCCACAGUUCGGUGCCUCUCCUGACCCCCUGCUCUCUGUUCC